GUGCCUUGUGUUACGCAGAACUAGGGGCAAUGAUACCGAGAUCCGGAGGCUCCUACACCUACUUACGCAUGGGGCUCGGCAAUAUCAUGGCCUUUAUGUACGUCUUUCAGGCGGUGUUUGUUCAAGGCCCGUCCUCCAUGGUGAUCGUACUCCUGACAUUCGCCAAGUACACAAUCACACUGCUGCCUGUCUGUGGCUACCCUGUCUACCUGGAGAAAUGUAUCACUGCAGCCGCUCUAGGUACA